AAGUAGAUUAAAAAAAUAUAGAAAAGCUGAAAUUUUGCUUAAAAAAUACGUGAUAAUAAACUUUUUUUAUUGGACAAUACCAUUGAAUCAAUCCGGCCUCAUCAUUGAUUCCGACGAGUCAACAAUCAUAAUGGGUGCCCAAGAGGGUGGCGAUGGCGGUUUGGGUGAUACCGGCGAUGGUGGUUUGGAUUCACCAACUCCAAGUUCACCAAAAAGUAUUGGUUUGAAAACUGGUUUAAUGGGAUCACAAGAAGAAGUGAUUGUAUCGUUAAUUGAAAAAGCGAAAUUUUAUACAUCGCUUUGUUUGGGUACCACUGCUGUACUAUCAGUUUUUGCGUUCAUGUUUUUAAUACCGUUCGUGGUCGAUCCAGCGAUUACAACAAUCUUAGCGAAUUACGAACCAGAACCUGUCACUUGUAUGGCAGUCGAUCAUGUUUAUGCCGAAGGAUUACGUAAUUGUUCAUGGUCUUCGUGUCGAGAGGGUUGUACGAAUGCCGCAAUUAAAUGUCACCAAAUACUUGUCAAUUAUACGAAAAUUCCAUAUAGUGAAUGGAUUAAGAAUUCGGAGGAAAGAAAUUUGGAUACUGUGGAAUGGGAUGUGGGGGAUACACGAUUCUUUGUUAAUACGGAAGGUUGUGGUUAUCCACCGCGUGUUAAUUGUACGGAAUUCGCGAAGAAAUAUGGUUAUAAUAAUUUGGGUAAACAAUUUCCAUGCUAUUAUAGUCGGACAUAUCCAGAAACGGUUGUUGCAAGAUAUAGUUGGGAUGACAAUCUGCGACAUCUUGUCCUAUCAUUAAUUAUACCAAAUGUAUUAUUUGGGGUGUCGAUUGGUGUACUCAGUUAUUGGUAUUGUCCUGGAUGUGGAAGAACAUGUAACAAAAUUUAUGCUGCCAAAUAUCCUUCAAAAGACGAGCGCCUAUUACAGUGAUGAAGAAAUGGAAUCGAGUGCAGUAUAUUGAACACUUUUGAACAGAAGAUGAU